UACGCCUGCGCUCGACGAUUCCACUUCGUCGCUCAAUAAUUCAGAAACCCGGCGAAAUUGCUACAGGGUAGUUAGCUUAAAGUGUAAAAUGUGGUCCAGAACGAUAAAAAACUGUGCAAAAUUGAAUAAUGUUCGUGGGGCUGUUACUUUGGUACAAGGGGAACCCAAUGGGCCUUCUGUCACGACGGAAAUUCCAGGACCGAAGUCAAAAAAAUUACUUGACGAAUUAAAGUCCAUACAGCAAUCAGAAUCUGUACAGAUGUUUGUUAAUUAUGAUAAAUCGUUCGGAAAUUAUUUAGUCGAUGCUGAUGAUAAUGUUCUUCUGGACACUUUCACGCAAAUUUCAUCCGUACCGUUAGGCUAUAAUCACCCAGAGUUGUUAAAAGUGUUCGAUGACCAAAAGAACAUGAAACGUCUAAUCAACAGGCCUGCACUUGGGGUGUUUCCUGGAGAAGAUUGGCCCAGAAGACUUCAAAACAUUAUCAAUGAGAUCUCCCCCAACUUGCCCAACAUCACCACCAUGAUGUGCGGCUCCUGCUCCAACGAAAACGCCUUCAAAAACAUCUUCAUAGCCUACCAGCGCAGACUACGAGGCGACGUCGACUUCACUCUUGAAGAAAAAACCUCCUGUCUCAUGAACCAACCCCCCGGGUGCCCAAAACUCUCCAUCCUCUCCUUCCUCAACGGCUUCCACGGACGCACUCUAGGCUCCUUGUCGACAACCCACUCCAAGUACAUCCACAAAAUCGACGUGCCAGCUUUCGAUUGGCCGGUGGCCCACUUCCCCCAAUACAAAUACCCCCUAGACGAGCACGAACGCGAAAAUAGCGACGAAGACAACAAGUGCUUGGAGGAAGUGGAGGAUUUGGUGGUACAAUACGAAAAGAAGGGUGCGCCAGUGGCUGGAAUUAUCGUAGAACCUAUCCAGUCCGAAGGAGGGGACAACGAAGCGUCGAAUUAUUUCUUCCAGGGGUUGCAGAAAAUUGCCAAGAAAUAUAACGCGUAUUUUUUGAUUGAUGAAGUGCAGACUGGGGGAGGCCCGACGGGGAAGUUUUGGUGUCACGAGUAUUUUAAUCUGGAAACGCCACCGGAUGUUGUCACUUUUAGCAAAAAGAUGCAACUUGGGGGUUAUUUCCAUAGUUCAGAAAUGACACCUAGACAACCUUUUCGCGUUUUCAACACCUGGAUGGGCGACCCUGGAAAGUUAAUAGUUCUGGAAAGCAUAAUCAGAAUUAUUAAGGAACAGAAGCUUUUGGACAAUGUCGUAACAACGGGACACAGACUGAAGAGCGGACUUUUACAGUUAGAAAAUGAAUUUCCUCAUUUAAUUAACUCGACCAGAGGACGGGGGACCUUUCUAGCCAUUAAUGCCACCAAUGAGAAACUAAGGGAUGACAUUUUGAAACGACUGAAGGCUAAAGGGGUUCAGUCCGGGGGUUGUGGGGCACAAACUAUUCGUCUACGACCAGCUUUAAUCUUCCAAGAGCAUCACGCCGACAUAUUUUUGGACAUAUUUAGACAAGUUCUAAAACAGUCGUAAUCGUUCUGGUGAUACCGAAAAUCUUCCAAAAGUCUUCCAGAUGGUGUUUCCACCGAUGCAGCUGUAUUUUGUUCAAAAGAUUUUAGUUUUGUAUUAAUUAAUUAUUCCAGUGAGUGUUUUAUGUUUAAAAUAAUAAAUUAAAUAUUUAGAUAUGAA